AUGAACACAAAGAAAAUUACAAAGGGCCCUAACAAAGAGUCAAACGAGUUUGAUACAAAGCAAUCCUCUACUUAAAAUCAAGGCAAUAUCUAAUCUAAUGCAAAUAGAGAUGGCCAAAGAAAGGUAUCUAACGCUGCUGCUCUCUUCAGAAGAUAAUCUAAAUUAAUUGGAUAGCAAGAUGAUCUUACAAUUAGAAUUAUGCAAAAAUAUGGAAUAGAGAGAGUUGAUUUAGAAAUGAUCAACUUCAACUUCAAAAAAUAUGAUUCAACUGACAGCGGAAAGAUUUAAUUCCAUUAAUUGCUCAGCAUCCUUAAAAACAUGCAGUUCUCAAUAGAUGACGGAGUUAAGAAGGCUAUUUUCAAGGAACUUGAAGACAGAGGAAUUAAAUCAAUAGAAUUAGAGACAGUAUUUUUAAUUGUAGGCGUUUUAAGAUAAAAGGAAUAAAAGCUUAUGGAAGAAGGCGACGAUGAUUACUAGAGCGAAUUCAUUGAUGCUUUUGUAGCCUUAGGAGGAAAUCCUGACUCCACAGGAAGAGUUAUGAAAACUGCCAUGUUGAAAAUUAUUAAGGAAGAGUUCGACUUAACUUUUGAUAUGGAAAAGAUUAUGGAAAGAAUAGAAGCUAGUUCAGAAGAACUUGAUUAUUAGACAUUCUGUGCUUUAUUCGAAAACCAAGAUGAAGAUAGAAAAAGAAGAAGCUCAAGAGCAUCUACAAUGUUAUCUUAAUUCAGUGCUAGAUCUCGCAAAAGUAUUAACUCUAUCCCCUCAGUUAAGAUUAAAUAUUAAGACUUUGAAAAGUUCUGCUAAGAAUUCUCUGACUGA